GUUUUCUUGUUAUAUCUUCUGGUAACGUUGUGGUGAAUUAUUAAUCAUGGCCGAUCAAAUUAUCUCCGGCGAGAAGCCGGCAGGAGUUAAUAGAUUUGCUCUUCAAUGUGCUAUUGUCGCCUCCAUCGUCUCCAUCAUCUUCGGUUACGAUACUGGGGUUAUGAGUGGAGCGAUGGUGUUUAUAGAAGAAGAUUUGAAGACUAACGACGUUCAAAUCGAAGUUCUCACCGGAAUUCUCAACCUUUGUGCGCUUGUCGGAUCAUUGCUCGCCGGAAGAACGUCGGACAUAAUCGGACGGCGUUACACAAUCGUCUUGGCCUCAAUACUAUUCAUGUUGGGCUCAAUAAUGAUGGGUUGGGGUCCAAAUUAUCCGGUGCUCUUAUCCGGUAGAUGCACCGCUGGACUCGGAGUCGGUUUUGCUCUGAUGGUUGCUCCGGUUUACUCGGCCGAGAUCGCAACUGCUUCACAUAGAGGACUCUUAGCGUCUCUGCCUCACCUUUGUAUCAGUAUAGGAAUUUUACUAGGUUAUCUCGUGAAUUACUUCUUCUCCAAGUUACCUAUGCAUAUCGGUUGGAGACUCAUGCUCGGUAUAGCCGCGGUUCCGUCCCUGGUGCUAGCGUUCGGGAUCUUGAAAAUGCCGGAAUCUCCACGGUGGUUGAUUAUGCAAGGCCGUCUCAAGGAAGGCAAGGAGAUAUUGGAAUUGGUAUCGAAUUCCCCUGAAGAAGCGGAACUCCGCUUUCAAGACAUCAAAGCCGCUGCGGGAAUCGACCCGAAAUGCGUAGACGAUGUUGUGAAGAUGGAGGGGAAGAAGACUCAUGGUGAAGGAGUGUGGAAAGAACUCAUUUUAAGACCAACCCCAGCAGUAAGAAGAGUUCUUUUAACCGCUCUUGGGAUUCAUUUCUUCCAACACGCCACCGGAAUCGAAGCCGUGCUUUUAUACGGUCCGAGGAUCUUCAAGAAAGCAGGAAUCACGACUAAAGACAAGCUUUUCCUGGUUACAAUCGGUGUCGGAAUCAUGAAAACGACGUUUAUUUUCACAGCGACUUUAUUGUUAGACAAGGUAGGUCGGAGGAAGCUUUUGUUGACCAGCGUUGGAGGAAUGGUUAUGGCGUUGACAAUGCUAGGAUUUGGGCUUACCAUGGCCCAGAACGCUGGCGGGAAAUUAGCGUGGGCUUUGGUACUGAGCAUAGUCGCGGCUUAUAGUUUCGUAGCGUUUUUCUCUAUUGGGCUCGGCCCAAUAACUUGGGUUUACAGCUCUGAGGUUUUCCCGUUGAAACUUCGGGCCCAAGGAGCGAGUCUCGGCGUUGCGGUGAACAGAGUAAUGAACGCCACCGUGUCGAUGUCGUUUCUGUCGUUGACUAGUGCGAUAACCACCGGCGGAGCUUUCUUUAUGUUCGCCGGAAUCGCGGCGGUGGCUUGGAAUUUCUUCUUCUUCCUCUUACCGGAGACGAAAGGAAAAUCACUUGAAGAAAUCGAAGCGCUUUUUCAAAGAGACGGCGAUAAAAUCGAGAUGAAGGAGGACGAUGCAUUGCCGACGACGACGACGACGACUGGUACGGCGACGGGAGCAGCUAUCGCGAAUUCGAAGAAGGAGAACUCUGACGCGGUCUUGUUUGGAAGAGGUCGUUAUAAGUUUUGGGCGUUUGCUGCGAUUUUGCUUUUGGCUUUUUGGUCGAUGUUCACUGGCACCGUCACUCUCCGGUUAUCUACAGGGAAUCUAAACCGGUUAUCGGAAGAUCUAGGGAUUCCGAACUAUGAAAACCUUGACGUUCUGGAAAUGGAGGAGAGGGAGAAAGUGGUGAAGCAUAUGUGGGAUGUGUAUACAAAUAGUCGUCGGAUCAAAUUGCCUAGAUUUUGGCAAGAGGCUUUUGUUGCUGCUUAUGAAGAACUCACUAGUGAUGUGCCUGGUGUUAGAGAAGCUGCUAUUGGUGAAAUCGCCAAGAUGUCGGUGCGGUCUAUCACUCUUGAUCCACCUCCUUCUAGAUCAAUGAGUGCAAGGGAUUUGGGAAGAAACUUGAAGAGAAUUCUACACAAGCCAGCAGCUAGUAGCUGAUGAUGAUAUUGGUAACACACGUUUACAUAUAAACCUAAUAUCAUAUC